UAUUUCCUGUUGUUCUAGAACCAAAAUGGCUGCCAAGAAAACAAGACUAGAAAAUGCGGUGGUCUUGUAGUGAAUAUAACCAACAGAAUUGGUAAAAUGGGUGGAUUGCUGAGCAAUAGAAGCGAUGGAGUUGAUGAUGUCGAUCACAAUGGAUCAAGUUCCUAUCGUUACCCGCCUGCAUCGGGUCCUUAUUUCGCAGAUUACUUCAUCAUGGGAGGCUCGAAGUUUAGCUCGACACAACCAGAGUCGUAUUUAUUCGGAGAAAAUUCGGAUUUGAACUAUCUAAGUCCGAAACCCGUCCCCUUUCCAUAUCCAUCUCCUCAUGGAAAUGAGCCGACCAAAACACUAUGCAGUUUGGUGAAUCUGCGUAAGGAUUCCCUCAGACUAGUCAGGUGCACAGAUCCAAGUGAUGAGAUCACAUACCAUAUCGAGUUCUUGUUUGAUGCUGAUGUUAAAUGUUCAGUGAUGAUCUACUACCAAGCGAUGGAGGACUCAUCCUCUGGUCUUGCUCUGUACACAUCCAAGGAAGCUGGUAUGAGCUCUCCAAAGUUUUCCUACCCAAAAGGGGCAGGACAGCUAUUUAGUAACCCAUUACGGCACAGAAUCAACCCCAAACAGUUUACUGAGGAAUCUCUAUCCUACAACCCUCUAAAAGACACCUAUAUUCCAGUAGUAAUUCAGAUAAAUGUAGAAGAGGAAGAGUAUCUUGGACAUUCAAAUAUCACCCUAGCAACAUUUGAGCAGUUAUCUGAUGAGUCCUACGUCAUUAAGCCACUGAAACAGAAACAGAUGGUUGAUGGCUUGUGUUAUCUUCUGCAAGAGAUUUAUGGCAUCGAAAACAAGGCAGUCACCAAACCAUCUGGAAAGGAAACUGAUGCUGAUGAUGAGGUUGAUGAUGAUGACAAUGUCCUGGAAUGUGUCAUCUGCAUGUCUGAUUUCCGAGACACUCUUAUUCUUCCCUGCAGACACUUGUGCCUUUGCAAGGCUUGUGCUGACUCUCUGCGUUAUCAGUCCAGUACUUGCCCCAUCUGCAGAUCACCAUUUCAUGCGCUGCUGCAGAUUCGAGCAUACAGCAAGAAAUCUGGCUCACCUGGGGCAAAUACCACUAUGCACGGUACUACGAUUGACACAGAGGAGGAGAUUCCUGGCUAUCAGGAGAUUCCCCUAGUAGAAGCACUCAAUGGCAGAUUCGCACCUGAUAAUAUCCCCGAAGGUAAGGAGAGUUUUGGCUAUCAGGAGAUUCCCCUAGUAGAAGCACUCAAUGGCAGAUUCGCACCUGAUAAUAUCCCCGAAGAGGCUGUGACCCGGAUGCAGGAACUAAGACGAUCGUCAAGCGCACGUUCCGCCCGACGCGCAUCCUCAAGAGCCAGCAGUGCCAAGAGUCAGCGGCGACUAGAGCGAGCCAUGUCAGCAGGCGCAGUUAGGGUUUCUCGCCCCAGGACUGCGCAGUCAGACCGGGCAGAGGAGCCCCGCGAAGAGCCCAGACUCGAGUGUUACGAGAACGCGAUUCAUGUGGCUUCCUGCGAAGAGAUCGUCCCAGCGCCUGUCGAAGAGAUCAUACCCACCACUCCUCCCCCCUCGCGAGCAAGCGAACAAGCGAAAAACUCGAUUCUCUCAGACGAAGUGGAAGAUGAUGUUCCUGAGCUGACAAUACACGUGGACGUCUCUCUACCCGGCACCCCCCUCGGAAGCGAAAACAGUAAUAAUAGUGGCCGCAGUAGCAGGGGGGGUCAGUCCUUUUCAAGUGCCCCUGCGGCCACCCCGACAUGCGUUAAUCUGGAAGAGGAUGACCACGCAGCUACUGUAUAACUUGUUAUCUUAUGGCGGACUGGUAGUCACGUGAAGCUGGUCAGGGGGAUCAAAGUCAGUCCUCUAAGGCCCUCUUGUUCACGUUUUUCAUCACGCAAAUCGAGAGUUAACAGCAACGUAUAAGUUCAACUGUCAUACGAGAACACUCUGCUGUACAUGACAUCUUGCAGUUUCCUAUUGAAAUCAAGGUAACUGUUGGGGUAUCGUUGGCAAAGCAAGGCCUUGAGUUUUAUCUGUUGUGUUUUUCUGACAUGAUUCAAAUGAAAUAACAUGUUUCUCAAAUCCAUCAUCCGUCAUGUGCAGCGACAUCGAACGAUAGAAGCCUCGGAGCCGCUACCUGUCGUCACUCGAAAGCUUUGAGCCAAUUAGCUACUCCUUGCACUUACUUGGCUUUCCGUUGCGACAAUAACAUAAAAUAAGUAGAUUGAGGGAAUUUGACGUAAGCGUAAGUAAUGCUUGAUUAGUUGAUUCGCACUAGGAUACAAGCGUAUUGCAAGCAGAGCUUUCACGCUGAAAUCACAACAGAACUUCCAUUCUACUAGAAGCCUAGUCGAAUGUUCUAGCUUUUUGCCAGUCCUAUAUUGAGCCUAGUGUUGGAAAGAGACUAGGUAAAAGUCACGUUGGGGUGACCCUUCCCGUUAUAAUGGGUAAGUAUCGGUGUGUAAAA